AUGACGCUCCGUUUUUCAGCCUCGGACUUCCAAACGGGGGACGACGAGGAACUGAAUGUCCUUUCCCACCAAAAGGAAACGGAAGAGGACGAAAUGGAAGAGGGGGAAAUUUUGAUCUAUCCCCACGAAGAGGAUGACCGGCGCCAAGGGUCACCUGCUUCUUCGCCUACGGAGUCUUAUUUUGACCAAAUCGAUCGUGUUUUGGUGGAAGCGGAGGCGGACUUGAUCGAUUGGCAGACCCCGCGAUUGUGGGAGUCUCCCUCGUCCUUGCGCCAGUUUAUUUUGCCCGGAAUCCUCAAAGUGGUCACCACGGAGGAGGGGGAGCUUUUCACCCACCGUGCAGACCGCGUCGCGCAGGUCCUUCAACAACAUUUAGAGAAAAGCGCUUUGAUUCGUUUAACUCGAAACAAACUUCGCCCGGGCCGUGAGGACUGUUCAUUAAACCAAACAAUGUGUUCGGAAGAAACUAAGGGGGAAGAUUGGUGGUUGUUUAAUCAAAGUUACGGCGUGGUUUUUCUAGGAAGUAUUAGCGAGCAGUACUACAUUAAGUACCUUUACCAACAUGUCUUCAUAAAAGCAAGAAAAGAUACGUCGAAGCGACUUAAUCAGAUGGUGAACUUGCUUCGGAGAAAAUUACCAACCCAAGUAGAGGGACGCACCAUUUCUGAAAAUUUGUCUUCUUUUCCAUAUCUAUCGAGAGAAUCCCUUUCCACGCGUAUCUUCGUAUUUCCUUUGAUUGAAGAGUCGAAUCCAACAAGUUUACCAAUUCCAAUUUGGUUGCCCUUUACGAAGGAGCUCCCGCCGAAUGUUCCUCCUGUUAGCUUACAAAUAACACGCUCUAUUGCGGUUUACAGCCAUUAUUUAUACAGAAACUACCGCCGAUGGAUGGAAUCGAUCCUUUUUUCAUUUUUUUCGUUUCACCAGAUAGAUUAUGUAACCAUUAUUCAUGAACUAGUGGUCGAUCUUAUGGAUGGUAGAAUCAAUCAUCAAGAUAUAUUCCAAUUUUUUGCUCCUUCGUAUUACAUGACGCGGUCUAAAUGA